CACGUGAACAACAAUCAUGGCAGUAGUGUGCUCUAAAGGCGACUGGUUUGUUUCUAGCUGUUCUAGUACUUUAGUUUCGGUAAACCUUAAACAGACUUGUGAGCCAUUUGUGUUCGACUGCGCCAAAGCCGAGAAGAGACCAAAGGAAACUGAGGGAAAUAAUAAAAGUAGUGAAGGAGGGUCAAAGGAGAAAGACAGUGAUAGGAUUCUUGGGUUUGCUGUCUCAUCCUCUGGGAAGCACAUAGCGCUCACAGAUGAUCACAAACGUCUUGUUCUCUUCUGUACUGAGCCAACCUGGCAGUGCAUUAGUACACGGUGGGUUGUGCGGAGAGGCACGUCUCUUGUGUUUACUCAGGCUGAAGAUGAAGUCUUUGUGGCUGAUAAGUCUGGUGAUGUGUAUUCAUUCUCUGUUCUGGAGCCACAAAAACCAGGAGAGCUGAAGCUGGGACAUGUCUCUAUGUUAUUGGCUGUGGCUCUCUCUCCAGAUGAUAAGUAUAUCAUAACAGCAGACAGAGAUGAGAAGAUCAGAGUAAGCUUCCGGCAGGCACCCUACAACAUUCAGGCUUUCUGCCUAGGGCACAGAGAAUUUGUCAGUACAUUGCUUGUGCCUACAGGGCAUCCUGACUGGCUUCUUUCUGGUUCAGGGGAUGGUACAAUGAAGAUCUGGCAUUAUGAGACUGGGCGGCGGUUACAGAGUGUCGACGUGAGGCAACAUGGCAUUUUACAGAACUCUGAUGCAGACACUGAAAAGAGGUUUGCUGUCAGCAGGAUAAUCAGCUCACCAGAUGGGCGACACAUUGCGGUCCAGUGUGAGCAAUUUCCAUCUGUUCAAAUCUUUCUGGUGAAUUCCGGGAUAGAGAGCUGCCUGAACCAUGCUGAGACACUAGCUCUUCCUCAAGCCCCCUGGGACAUGACCUUUGAUUCACAAAACCAGCUGUGGCUCUUGCUGGAGAGUGAAGAUAUUAAUGUGCUUCUAUAUCGACACUCGGAGCAGCAUUGGAAGCUGUGUGACACGGAGACCCCUGAAUUGAAGAGGGUCACUGAAGCAUUACAGGCUCAGGCCAAUGUCUAUAAAGGUUCUGUGGGACUGGAGAGUCAGUUUAAGCACCUGUAUAAGGUGACCUUUGAUAACAUGGCAUCCUAUUUGCAGAAGAAACAAGAAAGACUAGAACAGCAGAGCAAGAAAAGAGCAGCAAAUAGCUCUAAACACAAUGUAGGUGGGAAAAAAUGUAAAAAGGAGAGCAGCCCUGUGGCUCAAAGCACAAGCUAAGGGAGUCUGCCUUUACCUCUGCUUAUAGACCCAGUAAAAGCUCUUUUGGGAUGUUUAUAUUAUUCUACAGUACUUUUUGUUAAUUGACAAUGAUUAUAUACAAUUUGGUAAAUGUUUUACAUUCAGUUAAGCCUUUCAGUUUAUGCUACUCUCAAUUGUCGUUUUACUGUACCAUGCUUUGGCCACUAGAGGUCAUAAUACUUGGAGUCACACUCGGUUGAUGAAGUUACAAAAUAGUCAGGGUAGACUCCAUAUUUACUUUUACACAUAUGAAAAAUGAGUCUGUGUGGGAUAGAACAGUCUGUUCAAUGGUUUGUACUGUUGUUAUGUACCUUCAUAUUGAUUAAAUCAAUUAAAUAUUGAAAAUAUCUUUUUCCAUAAACUUCCACUGCAAAAAAAGAAAAAACACUGGAAAACUUAAAAUUAGACAUGACAUUUUCAGUCUUCAGAUAUUUUCUAGCAUCUGAAGACAGUACAACUUAUUGUAUGUGUCACUUAUAGCCUCAUUUUAAUUUUUGGCAAAUAAAAUAUGGCAUCAAUCAUGACUAAGAUCUGUGGUGAUGGCUUUACUUCUUGAGCAGCUACAGUUUCCUCAAAGGACAGGAUGGACCAGAACAUAAUAUGGUAUUACUACAGAGACACUUCUUGACUUCAGUUGUUGUUAAAGUGUUAUUUUUAGAAUAAAAGUGACUAAAGAUCUGUACAUCCUGUAUAAUGUUCAAACUUGUACAAAACCAAAUAAAAACAACACAAAUAAACAAUCACUAGAAAGGACUCUGUUGCGUUGAAAGCCGAGCUGUACAAGGUUCAAUUCCCUGAAAGAUGCUUUGGAUUUUCUCAGAAGAUGGCCAAAACUUCUCAUG